AUGCCGCUUCUCUCUUCCACUCUGUCCAGCUCCUCUCGCCAGCCUUUCGUGCUUCUGCAGUCCUCUAUCGCCCAGUCAUGUCUACCCGUGCUGUCUUAUAUCACCAACCAAGCUGCGUUAGGUUCUGGGACCACACUGCUGUUUUGCUUUCUCUAUCCACCAUUGGCCUUUGCAGACCAACCACACGAGCAAUUACGCGUGUUUGACUGGACGGAACACAUCCCCGGAUACAGUGAGGAUACUUUUGAAGCGAGAGCAGAGAUUCUAUCUGCUUUGCGCUCAGCACCGCAAGGGUUGUUGAGCGUGAUCAUUGAUUCGGUCGACACCCUACUCUCUGACGUCGGUUCGCUCGCGAAGACACACCUCUUCCUUUCGGAAAUUUACGCCACGAUACGUGCACGAAGUAGUCCGUCCCGUCUCGUCUUACACGUCCUCGGGCCAAGCCCAAUCAUCCCCAUCCUUACUCAAACCAAAUUCUCGCCAACCCUCGCGCAUAUAACCGCCCACCCGUCCGUCCUCCUGACGCACAUCGCCUCCGAGUACCUCACCCCCCCGCCACCCGCGUCCCCACCCGAAAAGUUCUGGCGUGUCUUCCUCCCCAUCGCCGAGCGCUACUACGAAUCGGAGAAGCUGGUAUUUGGCCAGGACGGCGAGGGCUGUGGCGGCCGCGACUUCGUGGUGGAGGUGCUCGUACGUGGCGCGGACGGCUCGGGGCGACGGAGAGGCGUCGAACGCGUGCUGGAAGGCUGGGCGGAUAGCAGAUCGUGUGAUCUUACUGGUUUGGAGAGUCUAAAGUCCCUGUGGACUCGCAAGGCUGCUGAAGAGAGCGGACCCGACCCAACCCAAAAUCUAUCUUUCAAUUUGAACUUGACUCCCCAACAGCAGCACUCUCGCGCUCAGGUGCCUCUCCCGUAUGCGCACGAAGGCAAGCCUUCGGAGCAUACAGCAAUGCUCGUGACACAAGGCGCCAUCCUCUACGAUCCCGAUUCCGCAGAUGACAUCGACGACGAUGAUCCAGACGAAGACUUGGACAUUUAG